AUUUGAAUCCAACUCCAAGUUAGUUAAAACGAGUUUGGAGUCAAGCAAGAAAAGCAAAAUGGAACGAUGGUGGCGGUGGCGGAGUGGAAGCGAGAAAUGGGUGCCAUGGCUGAUACUGCUUCUUCAUAUCGUCUCCAUUCUCAUUUUCACCAGAGGCUUCCUCCUCACCCGCACUGAGCUUCCCUUUUACAGCCAUUGCUCCGAUGCUUCCCAAUCACCUUGCUUCUCUUCUUCUUCUUCUUCAAAUUCUUCGCGUUGUUGGACCAAACCCGCCAUCGAUCGCCUCGUCAUCAUUGUCCUCGACGCACUCAGGUUUGACUUCGUUGCUCCGAGUACGUUUUUCGAAGAGUCGAAGCCAUGGAUGGACAAAUUGAAAGUGAUACAAAGACUGGCUUCGGAGCGAGGAUCAUCGGCUAGGAUUUUCAAAGCUAUUGCGGAUCCACCUACCACCAGUUUGCAGCGUUUGAAAGGCCUGACAACUGGUGGACUGCCCACUUUUAUUGAUGUUGGGAAUAGCUUUGGCGCUCCGGCAAUUGUUGAAGAUAACUUUAUACAUCAGUUGGUUCAAAAUGGAAAGCGAGUAGUGAUGAUGGGGGAUGAUACAUGGACACAGUUGUUCCCUGAUCAUUUCAAAAAAUCUUUUCCGUACCCAUCUUUUAAUGUUAAAGAUCUCCAUACGGUAGACAAUGGAUGCAUUGACCACCUACUUCCAACCUUGUAUGAAGAAGAUUGGGAUGUUCUUAUAGCGCAUUUUCUUGGUGUGGAUCAUGCGGGCCACAUAUUUGGUGUUGAUUCCACUCCAAUGAUAGAAAAAUUGGAGCAAUACAAUGCCAUUUUAGAGAAAGUAAUUGAAAUGUUGGAAAGCCAAUCUGGACCAGGUGGCAUACAUGAGAAUACGCUUCUUCUAGUGAUGGGUGACCAUGGACAAACCUUAAAUGGUGAUCAUGGUGGAGGGAGUCCUGAAGAGGUUGAAACAUCAAUGUUUGCCAUGAGUUUUAAGAAGCCUACUCUUUCUAUUCCGUAUGAGUUUCAUACUCCAACUUGUGAACAAGAUUUGGAUGGGAAGAAGUUCUGCAUCAGCUCUAUCCAACAGCUUGACUUUGCAGUAACAAUGACAGCACUGCUUGGUGUCCCCUUUCCUUAUGGAAGCAUUGGGCGUGUUAAUGCCGAUCUAUAUGGUUUAGUUGCUGAUACACUGAACUUGGAAGAUGCUCGUUUAGAAAAUUGCCAAAAUCAGUCAAAACUGGAACAAUGGAUGCAAAAUUACGUCAAUGUACUCUGUAUCAAUUCUUGGCAGGUGAAAAGGUAUGUUGAUGUUUAUUCAGCGUCAUCAGUCAUUGGAUUUUCCCAUGAAGACUUGUUGCAAAUAGCAGACAUAUAUGCUCAAGCAGAGGGGAAUUGGUCACAUACAAAGAAAUCACUGUUAGAGAAAAAUGAAUGCUGUGAUUCAUUACCUGCUCUUAAGAGGCAAAUUGAUUUAUAUUUUAAUUUCCUAACAAGUUUUGCAGAGCUAGCACGCUCCAAAUGGACUGAGUUUAAUCUAAAUAUGAUGGGUAUUGGUUUUGGCAUUAUGUUAAUAUCGCUCCUUAUCCAUUUUCUUGCUAUCAAGAGGGUGAACAAGCAGUAUGGUGCUUCUUUCACUUCACGUGGAGAUUCUGGGAUUUCCUUUGGCUUAAUUUGUGCUUGUUUUGUAGUAAUUAUACGUGCAAGCAGCUUCCUCUCAAAUAGUUAUAUUUUGGAAGAAGGAAAAGUAGCAAAUUUUCUUUUGGCUACAACUGGCUUUGUUAAGUUACGUUAUUCAAUCAUGAAGAAGAAGAUGCUAUUAGAAGCAGUUGUCUUCCUUCUUUUGAUCACCUUCUGCAGAUUUUCUAUUGAAGUUGGGCUAUCAAAGCAGGCUGCCACCUCACAAUUUCUGAAUGAAUCUACUUCAUUGAUGACCAGUAUUGCCUCAAGACUUCCUUCUUGGACAUUUAUAGCUGAGGUUGUGCCAUUGCUAGUGCUGAUUUUAUUGGCAUACUUGCUAUACAAGACCAUUUCUAGCAGAUCUUGUAAAGGGAUUUGGAAGUACGUGAUCAUGGGAACCAUUUUAAGUUAUUUGCUCAUAGCAGUGCAUUGGGCCUCAGAAAGUAGCAUAAGGAGUCUUGCUUUGGUUUCUAAUGUCAUUGGCAGAAAUUGCAUCCCUCAAAUAAUUUAUACAAUUGGGUUUGGGCAAUUAUUACUACUGGCAUUUGGUUGGCAGUUCAACAAAGAUAAAGUUUUAGAUGGCAAGGAAAACUUAGUUAUUAAGACAAUCGGGAUGCUCUCUGCUUGGAGUUCAAUAGUCAUUCUUCUAUCAGGACAACAAGGUCCCUUGGUUGCUUUAGCAUCAAUAAUUGGAGGUUAUUGCAUAGUGAGGUUGGAUAAUAUAGAACAGGAUGCCAAGGACAAAAUUCGUGAUGUUUCAGCUGUUGAUCCUCUGUCUGUAACACAAUGGAACCUUUUAGCUGUGUGUCUGUUUUUCUGCACUGGUCACUGGUGUGCUUUUGAUGGCCUUCGAUAUGGUGCUGCAUUUAUCGGGUUUGAUGAGUUUAUUCUUAUCCGCCAAGCAAUCCUUCUUACAAUUGACACAUUUGGUUUUUCGCACAUCCUCCCGAUAUUUGGACUGCCAUUUCUUGUCGCAUGCCAAUAUAUGUUGAGUCAGAAACGAUUCAUUUUAGUGCGGUUAUCUCAAGCGUAUAUGAUGUAUGGGCUCAUCACAGCUGCUACAGUUACAGUCACGAUGUUAUGUGUCACAAUUCACAGACGGCAUUUAAUGGUGUGGGGGUUGUUUGCUCCUAAGUUUGUUUUCGAUGUGGUGGGUCUUACCCUUGCGGAUGUCUUAAUUUGCUUGGCAUCACUUUUCUGUUUUGGUCAAGCGGAGGACGAUGUUCCAAAAUCCUAGUACUGAGAAGCGAGAAAUGAAAGUCAUAUUGCGAGCAACUCGGAACCUUCUUUUCAAGAUAUUUUGCUAACUGAUUUUUGAACGAUUCAUUUUGUAAGAUUAAGAUAGAAAUUACAUAGGUACAUUUGUAAGAACAUUUAGAAAUUCUAGAAAGAAAAAGAAAAGAAUGUUUUUUGUGA